CAGCUCUAUCGUGUCGUGCGUAAUUUUCACAUAAUUUUUUGCUCUGUUUAAUAUUUUUUUUUCACCAACAAAAAGUAGCAUUCCGUCAUUCAAAGUGCAAAAGCAAAUAACGUUAGAGAGAGAAAGAGAGCAAGAAAAAAUUAAAAGUUAUUUUCAACUGUGAAAACGAACAGGCAAUCGUGGAGAAUUGCAUUUGGAAAAAAGCAUGAGCACAACAGCCGCCAGUCUUAUUGAGGCGGCUCUAAAUGCCAGCAAUUUAUCUACAGCAGCCACAUCAUCUGCUUCUGUUGCAUCGACCACAGUGAAAUCCAAUUCAAAUUACAUUGUUGCAAUGAAGGAUGAUCCCAUAAGUGCGCCAUUGGAACCCCUGCUCCAUGUGGGUGAUGGCAUAUUCCUGCAAACAAAGACGGCUCAAAUCCUGGCCGGCGUCUGUGUGUGGGCCGCAUUGUUUAUAACAUGUCAACAGAUCUAUCAACACUUGCGUUGGUAUACUAAUCCUCAGGAGCAGCGAUGGAUUGUUCGCAUAUUGUUCAUAGUGCCCAUCUAUGCAACAUACUCAUGGAUAAGUCUUUUAUUCUUUAAUUCAGACAAUGUCUACAUAUACUUUUUCACAGUUCGAGAUUGCUAUGAAGCUUUCGUGAUCUACAACUUUUUGUCCCUGUGCUAUGAGUACCUGGGCGGAGAGGGUAAUAUCAUGUCGGAGAUACGUGGCAAACCCAUUAAAACUUCUUGCUUAUAUGGCACAUGUUGUCUAAAAGGCAAGACCUAUACAAUUGGAUUCCUAAGAUUCUGCAAGCAGGCGACAUUACAAUUCUGUUUGGUUAAACCGCUCGUUGCAUUUAUUAUAAUUUUCCUACAAGCUUUUGGACACUAUCAUGAUGGUGAUUGGAGUGUAAAUGGCGGUUACAUCUAUAUUACAAUCAUAUAUAACAUUUCCGUAUCUCUGGCUCUAUAUGGUCUCUAUCUGUUCUACUUUGCCACCCGGGAUCUAUUGACACCAUUCGAACCUGUUCUGAAAUUCUGCACCAUCAAAUCGGUUAUAUUUUUAUCAUUCUGGCAAGGUGUUGGCUUGGCCAUACUCGAGAAGGCCAAUGUGAUCUCGCCCAUUGUGGACAGUGCUGGCGCUGUCACCGCUGAGGCGGGUACCGUGUCGGCUGGUUACCAAAACUUUUUCAUAUGCAUCGAAAUGUUGUUUGCUGCCAUUGCGUUGCGAUAUGCCUUCCCCUAUCAGGUCUAUGCACGCAGCUGCAUUAGCGAUGGCCAUGGACGAUCUGUUACGAUGCAGUCGAUUUCCAGCAGUCUUAAGGAAACAAUGAAUCCUAAGGAUAUUAUGACAGAUGCUAUACACAAUUUCCAUCCGCAAUAUCAGCAAUAUACACAAUAUAGUUCAGAAGUAACCUCAACUCAGCGUUAUGAAAAGCUCUAAACAAAUAUCUUCUAACGAGGGUCAAACAAAAACUAAAACAAACGACAAACUGCAAAACAAAAUCAAAAACAAACAAGUGUACUUAUAGCUUUUAGGCUACUCAGAUACGUUUUCAGGCCUUAGUUACUUAUACACACACACAAACACACACACACACACAGAUACACACUCACACCCACACAUACACAUGUUAAAAUGAGAGAAAAGGAAAGCGCGCACUCAAAAACUGAACCUUAGGGCUAUAUUCAUUAAAGAAAACAAAAAUUAAUAUUUAGUAUUGAGGAAAAUGAAUUUCUUCACUCUUCCUCUGCAUCCCCGCACUCUAAGAAAUUUUAUGUUUUUACAAAACAUUCAAAUUUUUCCAAUCCAAAACCCUGCCCCCCUAUAUUCCACUUGCUGAUGUUUUACUACGUUUACGUUUACUCUUAAGAAUACUUUUUUUAAAUCAAUUUUAUUUAAAUUUUAGCUCUAUAAAUCUUACAUUACACAUGCUGCAUAAAAUAAUUCUGAGUAAUAUUGUAAAAUAUUAUGUAAUUUGUUAACAAAGAUUUUAUUAUUAUUAUUAUGUGUAACACAGCAAUCAAACGACUUGUCGUUUGUUCUUUCCAAAUUGCAUUAGCCUAAUUAAAAUUAGCUCAACAUAAAUAGCAAAAAAGAAAAAAGAUCAAGCCAGUUAUGUUUUGUGUUAUAUAUAUAUUUAAAAAGAUCAAGCAAAGAAAUUACAAUAUCAAUAUAUUAUUUUGUUCGAUUCUAUUAUCAAACUUAGCUCAAAAAAAGAACAGAAAAAUAAAAAAAGGAAAACAAAAAUUAUUAAAAAGCUUAAGCUUAUCCGCUUGAAAAACUCAAAAAGCAAUGUGAAAAUUUCUCUAUGUAGCUCUGAAAUUUUGUACUCUCUUAAGGUUUGCCUGUAUUAUUAUAUAACAAACAGAUAUUUGCCAAUUCUUUGUAACGAUCUUAUUUAAAUUUUUUUUUUUUGGUUUUUGUGUAAAAGUGCUAGAAAUUGAAAGCGUUAGAAGAAGAAAAAAACAAUGAAUUCCAAAACAUUUUACACAAAUUUAUCCUAGUUUCAUUUUACUUACUUUUUUCCCAUAAAUUGUUUUUUUUUUUGUGA